AUGCUACCGGAUGAUUUGCCCAAGUCGUUGGACGACCGUCGCUCGGUACCAGUGUUUCCGCAGGAGACGGAGAUGUACGAUGCUUGGAUGGGCGAGUCCCAGUUCCUAACUACUCCCGUGGCCGCAAAACCCCUAACCUUCAACCUCGCCCUGGACGACCACUCGCACGACGACGAACAUAACAUCCAAGCGCAGUACGGCCGCGGCAUGAUCGACGUCGACAAGGAUGUUGAAAAUACCGCACGCCUCGAAGACAGCGAUGCCCGGUUAAUGGAGAUGCUUGCGGCGCAGGCCGCGCAUCGCGAAGUCGACUCUCUAGGCGCGGACGAGGAUAGUAUCGUAGACGACGAGAAGCUGAAGGAGUCGGAGAAGAAGGAUAUCCUGCAGCGGGGGUUGAAUAUGGCGGCGAGUAAUGGGGAUGUGGAACGGGUGAGGAAGUUGUUGAAUGGGAAGGCUAGGGGGUUCGUGGAUGUGAAUAUGCCGGAUGAGGAGGGGACAGUGCCUUUGAUUUACGCCAGUUGUUUUGGACAUCAAGAUGUUGUUUCGGAGCUUUUGGGUGCCGGCGCGCAUAUUGACCAGCAGGAUCGCAAUCAGUGGAGCGCGUUGAUGUGGGCUAUGACGAAUCGACACAAGACCAUCGCAAAGAUUCUUUUAGAUCACGGAGCAUCGCCAGAUAUCAAGUCGUCGUCUGGCGGGACGGCUUUCGAUUUCGCGCAGCCCGGGAGCGAGAUCUCCGAGUAUCUGAAUGAGAAUGGAUACCAUUUUGGAGGUGCAGUUGAUGAUGAUUUCUACGAUUCUGGAUUUGGGCAUAGCCGGUUUGAAGAGGAGAUUGCGGAAAUUGGGAUGAAACGGCGCAUGAUGAUGGAAGAGAGUGCUAUUAACUUGGAGGUUGACCUGUCCAGUCUUGGACUUGACGAGAAGAUCGAGGCGAGUUGUUUUUCUGCCGACGACGAGGAUCUCGAGGAUGAUCAACAAGAGUUUGCAUGGGACAAGUGUUUGCACGAUCAAAUGUUUGUUUUCCAGGAUAAUGAGUUGGAAUGGAUAUUGGAUAUCAUCAUAACCAACAUGACACCGCAACGGUCGCCUUCCCAGAAACCGGUCCCCGCCAACCUACUUUUCCUCAGUGCGCGAUAUGCCCAUUACCACGCUAGCGAAGAACUCCUAGAGCAACUACUGGUGUCGGCUACCGAGAAGAUAAACGACGUGGUGGAGCGCCACCAGUGGGAUAUGACAAUACUGGCAUUUUGGAUGUCGAAUGCGACGUUGCUACUUCACUAUCUGAAGAAGGAUACUGGGUUGAUGGAAGCUACCGUGGAUUUCCAGCAGCAUCUGGCGGAAUUGAUCAAUGAGAUCUUCAUCCUGAUUAUCCGGGACGCUGAGCGUCGGAUGAACAAGGUCCUGGAACCUGCUAUGCUGGACCACGAAACAAUUCCUGGCCUCGAAGACGUGCAUUUCCAGAACGAGUGGAAGCUCUUCCGGGGCAAGUCCAAGGCGAAGCCACCAGAACCGGCGGAGAAGCGCUUCCGACCUCCGUCACCGCGGCGGCGGGCCCAGAUUUCCCCGCGCAAUAUCACGUCGCUCUUGUCAUCGACGCUGUUUGUGCUUGAUUUAUAUGAUGUGCACUCAGUUAUCACUACGCAGAUUCUGUCGCAGCUGCUUUACUGGGUCAGCGCGGAGAUCUUCAACCGUAUCAUGACCACGAAGCGAUACCUGGCACGGACGAAAGCGAUGCAGAUCCGGAUGAACAUCUCAGCACUGGAGGACUGGGCGCGGGCUAAUAACCGCCAACCAGAGCAUUAUGAGAACGGGUCGACGACGUGUACUGGCGAAAGCACAAUGGACGCAGCUCGACGACAUCUGGCUCCUGUGAUCCAGCUCCUGCAGUGGCUGCAAUGUUUCUCGUCGCUGGGCGACGAUUUCGAAUCGCUCGUGACAACUUUGCUGCAACUGCAACAGUUGACACCGGCACAACUCCUUCACACGGUCAAAUCUUAUCGACCGGAAGUGGGCGAAAAGGGCCUUACCAAGCUGGCAAUGCGAUUCCUCAUCGAUCUUCAACGGGAUUAUGACCUGCUAUUUCGGGAGCAGGAAAAGAUUCAAGAGAACAAAGCUAAAGCUGCCGAAGGCGCUGCAGCACAGCCGGUCCCCACAGCAACGGACGGACAAUCGCGCCCUCAAACACCUCCACCAAAAGAGACGCUGCAGGGGCACGGCUCACCCGCAGCAAGAAGCAUGGCCUCACCGGGUUCGGUACGAUCAGGGACAGCGGGUCGAUUCGAUGACCGCAGCACCACUGAGCUGUUUUUGGACCCGUCCAUGACACUUCCCUUUUCGCUUCCUACCAGCACGGAUAUGUUGAUCAGUUAUGGUGCUGGAUGGGGCGGGACGAAUCGUGAGCGCGCGAGGAAGUAUAUUCCUUCUGUCCCGCCUGAAGUGCUGAGUCGGUUUGAUCGGGAAGCUUGA